GUGCAAACCACAUCCUCCGUGGCAUAAUAAAUAAACAACAUCUCCGCUUGCAAAAUCGACGCAGUCCCUGCCCCCUGCCACUUGCCACUUGUACCUCCCAUAGCCCCGUGUUCGUCGUCGUCUUCUUCUUCUUCCGACACUGACAGCUCCAUCCGGAGAGUGACAAUCGGCGACGUUCUUUCGUCCCCCCCCCCCCUCCGAUUCUUGUGAAUUAUCCGUGUGGGAGGCUACCCCACCACCACCAUCUCCACCACCAUCACCACCACCUCGCUCGCUGUGGUUCGAACUCCGAGGAUGUUCUAUUGAAGGAGAUUCCUGUGGAAGGAUGGCGUGCGCGGUGGCCACCCCGGUGCUGGAGCCGAGCGGGGACUUCCCGGCGUGGCUGGAGGCGCAGGGCGUGAACGAGGAGGUGGCCCGGGCCAUGGACUCGGAGCUGGGCAUCCGGGACUACGGGGUCCUGCGCGCCUGCGUCGGGGACGGCCUCGUGCGUGCCGAGCUGCUGGCCGCGGCGCGCGAUCGCCUGCCCUUCGGCUUCUACGCCGUGCUGCGGCAGGUGGUGAAGGCCCUCCGGGAAGCCGAGCCCCACGACGUUGGGACGCCGCGCUGGGACGAUGCCGCUUCCUCUUCUGGCGACGUGACGCUGGGAGGCCUGGUAGAAGUGCUCCUCGCGCUGUUCAGCGGCUUCAGCCGGGAGCUGCUGCUGUCCAUGCAGAGGCUGGGAGUCAUGGAUGCUGCCGUGACCUGCAUUGAGGGCCCUAAUCAAACGGCCAAUGAUGGAAGUCCUGAGAUUGCGAUGAAAGUGGAGCAGGAACACGUCUCAGAAUGUGAUACUCCUUCCACAGAGUCCACCUUUGGCCCCACCCAGAUGAGUCGGAGGAUUAAAGUGGAGGCCCGUGAUGCAAGUAGCGGAGUUCCUGAGGAGGUUUUUGAAAUCGCCAUUCAAAGCGUGACCUCGCUGGAGCCCGAGAAAGUGAGCCUCGCCACGGCUGCCGAGCCUAACGCAUCUUCAUCGCUGCAGCAUGAGGCAACUGCCAAAGUGAAGAGUGAAAGUGCAGAUUCUAUUACUGGUACCGAUUGCACAACCCUGCCACUGCAAGAUGGAAGAUCAACCCGUCAGAGUACUGUGAGCUUGAAUGUGGAGCAGCAGCCAAACAGCAAACAUGGUUCGGAACCUGGAAAAAUGCUGCAUCUCUGCGAUCAAUGCGGAUGCAGCUUUUCACAUAGCGGCACUCUGAAGCGCCACCAGUGCCAAAUGACGCGGGGCUACAUAGACAUCGGGCACCACUCGAAGAUGCGCAUGACCGACAAGCAGUGCCUACGUCAAUUGGACAAGUCCGUCUUGCAGGAUCCCCAGCGAAAUUGUCACGUGUUUGAUCACCAGAGGGAGAGGCCCUAUCAGUGCGGGAUUUGCAGCAGAGUCUGCACGAGUGCCUUUCAGUUGGAGGAUCAUGAGUGCAUACAAAAGGACGAGAAUCUGCACCAGUGCGACGUUUGUGAGCAAGCCUUCUCGCGGGCCGAUCACCUAAAAGACCACCGACGAGUGCACAUGGCCGAGAGGUUGUACGAGUGCAUGAUGUGCGGCCAGGCCUUUUCACGCGCCACCACACUCAAACGUCACCAGAUGGUGCACACGGGAGAGAAGCCGUACAAGUGCGAGGUGUGCGGCAAAGCGUUCUCCCAGCGCACCAACUGCCAGCGGCACCAGGGCCAGCAUUUCAAAGCGAAGUAGUGAGAUCUGAAAGAGAAGAAGAGGGGAGGUCAGAGGUCGUUGGGCAGUCACCGAGUCCUGCCCAUUUUCUCUUUGUCCUCAACUGCGCGUUAUCUUUAACCCUUUCCCGUUCCGAUCACAUGCGUGCCCAUCGUCAGUUUUUCUUCCUAUUCUGUUCCGAUGACGAACUUAUCGUCAAAACAAAACCAGAAGAAAAAUAAAAUUACUUUAGUACCGAGGCUCCCACAAGGCCAUGCGGGAGGGUGUGUAGCACAGUUUGGUGCCAGCUAUCAUAGAGUGUAGUCGUGUCGCUACGGUUUUCUGCAGUAUCUACAGUGUCUUUUAAACAACGGCGCUAUGUCUCUCUAAAUAACAUUAACGCUGAGCCGGUUGCGUGUUCCGAGAUUCAGAGGUUAACGGGACACCCACCCUGCAACUUGCAGAAAUCUGGGAACGGGGAAGGGUUAAAUGCCUUGUCGCACACGGCGACGCUAAUUCAACACAAGCACAUACACACGGAUGGGAGGCCGUACCAGUGCAGCGUCUGUGAUGAAGCCUUUUCAGAUAGCGCCCUCAAGGCUCACCUGCUUCUUGCAUAUGGAGGAGAAAUACCAGUGUGCUGUGUGUAACAAAGCCUUUGCCUCUGUGAGAAGGGGGGGAGGGGGGACUGCAUUCCACGAUGGGUACUUUUCAUACUAUACUAUUGAAACAAAGUUUUGAUGGCUGGAGGGAUGGACGGAGGUCUAAUAUUUCCGUGGCUGUUUUACCUGAAUAUGAAAAAUCAGUCAUAAGGCUUUGAGGUCAAGUGCAAAUUCACAUUGCUCUCAUGACAUCGAUGAAUUUUACUUAUUAAUUAACGUGUGUGGUAGUGAAGUUGCAGUGAUAUCACUGGAGUUAUAUAUUGAUCUGAUCAACCGUAACUUUCCUCGUGAAGGAAGCCACAAACUCGUGUCGGAGCACCAGGGAAUACGAAUAUUGAUACUUGUCUUUAAGAUGAGAUCCGCUUGGGUUUUGGGUCAAUGUCUCCACCAAGUUUCUAACAUUAAUCUUGUAACUAUAUAAAUCAGAUAUUGACCUCAUAACUAUAUGAAUCAGAUUGGUUGUUCGUGUGAGGUCAUGACACCCAUUUAAGAAGCAGUGUGAGGUGAUAUGGUCAGCGGUUCUGACUUCCCUGAUUGUUACUUCUGACUUCCUGGAUGUUAUCCUGAUGAUGUUUGUACGUAUUUACGUUGAACUUCUUUCGCACCGUACAUAGCCAACCCUGAUAAUGUUUGACGGAGUCUCAAAUGAAAUGUCGUGUGUAUAUAUAUACACAGAAAAAAAAACCUCGCUGUGCGCGAAUUCUGGGUUCGCAACAUUCGAAUAUUCGCGGGUUGCUAAAUGCAUUCGCGGGUGUACGUAGUGUUAGACCACCUGUACGAGAAGAUUUGCCCUCCGUCUCGCAGUAAAUUUAGUUUUUUGUUACUUUAUACGUACUUACAGUCGACUCGUUUAUACAUUUUGGUGUGUAAACGAGUGGACCGUGAGGUCCAUUAAAAAGAACGUGAAAGCAAGCGGGCAAAGUGCUAAAAUAAUAAAUACGCUGUUAUCAAACAGCUGCAUUACCCAUGGAGUCAUCCUCCUGAAUUUUUCACCACCACCUCCAUCGUCAUCAAAUCAUCAUCAUCAAAGGUAAUAAUAACAAAAUAUUGUUCUUAAGAACUUAUUAUUUAUUGUAGUAAUUGUUAUGAUACAUUUACCAUUUCCUCCCCCUAUGUUCACUCGUACCAGGAACGUAACCCCGUUUUUCCCAUUGGAACAAGGUUCCUGCAUUUGCGAAUUCUGCAUUCGCGAGUGUUUUCAAGAGCGUAACCCGCGCGGAUCGAGAGAGGAUUUUACUGUAAUUGCUGUAGAGUUUUUUUGUCUGUGAGGAUUGUUCUUCAACUUACCCGGUGUGAGCUGAAACAAUAAUAAUUGGCGCAUUAAACCCCCUGUACACGUGACAGUUGCUCUGUUCGGCUAUGUCUGGUGGUGGAGGGUUCUUAAUGCUGCACAUUUGGUCAGAUCAUUAUACACGUGGCCUAACCCCAAAACAUAUAUUAUGCAUCGUAGUACUGUAUUGGCUACCAUACACCUACGUAUUGAAUUAGUGUUGUAAGGAAAUGUCUGAUAAAAGAAAACCUCAGGUACCAAUGCAAAUAUAUUAGAUACUGUGCUGGGAUACAAGUGGACAAUAGAAUGUGCAAACAUAAAAAACACACAUUUUGUACUUUUGA